CGGAAGGGAGCCAUACCGGGACAUACUUCACGACGUUUACGGUGGCGGUGCGUGCGGUCGCGGUUGCGAGAGGCGCACACUCUCUUAUGCGACGAGAGAGGAACGCGAUCGGCUGCGCUUCGAUGCGCGAUCUCUCGUUGACACACGUUGCGAUCGCGUGACUCGAACUAACUUCCACUUCCCUGUCGAUUCGCCGCUGCCAGGGUUCAUCCGUAACGAGGUUCUCUCUCGGCGCGUACGCGCACGGAAGGAAAGGAAAGAAAGAAAGAAAGAAAUCGACGAGGAUGAGCGAUAAAGGAGACGUCGCGUCGGCACCGCCGGUGACGCCGGAGGACGCGGCCAGGGCGGAAUUAUACAAGGAGGAGGCGAACGAGUAUUUUAAGAAUCAAGUAUAUGACAAAGCUAUUGAACUAUAUACCAAAGCCAUAGAUUUAAAUCCAUCAGUAGCCGUGUACUAUGGUAACAGGAGUAUUGCCUACCUGAAAACAGAAUGUUUUGGUUAUGCAUUGACGGAUGCGUCCAGGGCCAUCGAAUUAGAUAGGAAUUAUGUCAAGGGUUAUUAUCGCAGAGCCGCUGCUUAUAUGUCCCUCGGCAAAUUUAAACUGGCUCUUACAGAUUAUAUGACUGUUAGGAAAGCGAGGCCCAAUGAUAAGGAUGCAAAAGACAGGUACUUGGAAUGUUCUAAGAUGGUUACAAUAUCAAGAUUUAAUAAGGCAAUCUCUGUUGAGGACAAGAAAAAUAUUGCUGAUAUUAUUAAUUUGGAAGAUAUGGCUAUUGAAGAUGAGUAUACAGGGCCUAAAUUGGUUGAUGGAAAUGUUACCUUGGAAUUCAUGAAAGAUUUAUUAGAGUGGUAUAGAAAUCAAAAUAAAUUGCAUCGUAAAUAUGCUUACAAAAUUCUGUUGGAUGUUAAAUCAUGGUUUAUGGCACAACCUAGUUUAGUAGAUAUUACAAUACCAGAAGAAAAAUUCACUAUCUGCGGUGAUAUACACGGCCAAUAUUAUGACCUACUUAAUAUAUUUAAGUUGAACGGAUUACCAUCAGAGACUAAUCCAUAUUUAUUCAAUGGAGAUUUUGUAGAUAGAGGUUCAUUCUCAGUAGAAUGCAUAUUUACUUUAUUUGGUUUUAAAUUAUUAUAUCCAAAUCACUUCUUUAUGUCGAGAGGAAAUCAUGAAUCUGCCACCAUGAAUCAAAUGUAUGGAUUUGAUGGUGAAGUAAAAGCCAAAUAUUCUGAACAAAUGGCAGAUUUGUUUACAGAAGUCUAUAAUUGGCUCCCUCUUGCACACUGUCUUAAUCAUAGAGUACUUGUGAUGCACGGAGGAUUGUUUUCGCGGGAUGAUGUGACGCUACAAGAAAUCAGAGAAAUUGACAGAAACCGACAACCACCCGAUGAGGGAUUGAUGUGUGAACUGUUAUGGUCGGAUCCACAACCGCAAAUGGGCCGAGCACCUAGCAAGAGAGGGGUGGGCGUUCAAUUUGGACCUGACGUCACGCAGAAUUUCCUUAGGAUAAAUUCUCUCGACUAUAUUGUGAGAAGUCACGAAGUCAAGAACGAGGGAUACGAAGUAGGACAUGAUGGGAAGUGUAUCACAGUAUUCUCCGCUCCAAAUUACUGCGAUACCAUGGGUAACCGAGGUGCCUUUAUCACACUUAAUGGCAGUGAUAUGAAACCUUAUUUCACGUCGUAUGAAGCAAUGCCUCAUCCAAAUGUAAGACCGAUGGCUUAUGCCAAUUCCUUACUAAAAUUCAUGUGCUAGUGGAACAUCUUCUAGGAGAUUGCGACGAUUCCCUGUAUUAUAAAGUACAUGAGAAUGUAUAAUAUUGAUGGGUACAAAAGAGUGAGAAAAGUUUGCUUAUUUUUACGACAGGCAAACAAAUCUAUCAAAUUUUUCUUAUCUAUGAUAAGAAAAUACAGCUCAUCACACAAACACUAGUGAUUUGUGUUCGUUUGUAAUAAAAUGGCGCGAAGAGAACGUUUCUAUUUUGUACCCUCAAUCUACACGACCAUCUUGCUCGUUAAAGAUACCUACUUGUGCGUGGACAUAAAAAAAAGUAAAAGCAUUUUCAUCUCGGAGAUAGUUCUAUGAGGUUUUAACUUUAUAAUCUAUUAUUUAUACGAAACGCUGAAUCUUAUACUUUAAAUUGAUUCUUUAGCGAUCAACUGGUGGAAUGUCAAUAAAAUAUAGUAAUUAUUAUGAGAGAAUACAUAAAUGCAUAUGCAAAAACUAGCAUAAUUAUGUAGAACAAUUUCCAGCCGAUCACUAUUGUCACGUUAUUUGUGACAAUUUUUUUACAAAUCUAUUGUGAUUGGAGGGAUUUCUUUGAUCUAACAUUUUGUUUUUUGUUAAUAAUAAAUGAUGUUUAUGAUGU